ACGGUCAGUUCCCCGGAUGAAGGCUGAGCGUGAAUAUGGCGCAGAGAACACGAGCAACGCGCUCGUGCGGGUUUCUGUGACUGAUAUACGCGCACUUAGCUCGCUUAAGCUAACUUUACACACAAGAAACUUCACCGACCCUAUGAAGUUUAUUUCUCUGCAGACACACUUCUCACUACAGGUCUGAUGCUUUGCUGCAGCCAUGUUCAGCAAGAAGAAAAAGUCACGCAUCCAGAUCUCGGCCCCCUCCAACUUUGAGCAUCGUGUUCACACUGAUUUUGAUGAGCAGGAGCAGAAGUUUGUGGGGCUUCCACGCCAAUGGCAGAGCCUCAUUGAGGACACGGCCAAGAGGCCCAAACCUUUCAUCGACGCCACAGUCAUCACUACUGUAGAGCCACGCAAGGCAAUUGUACGGGGUCGUAAGAUCGGCGAUGAUGGCUCUCUCACAUGGCUUCUGGAUGAGUUUGAGACUAUGUCGGUGAUCCGCUCGAACUCCCUGCGGAGAGGCAGCCCACCACCGCAACCACGCCGAGACUCCGGAUCUUCGGGAGGGGGGCAUGAGAACGGAGAACACCCUCAAUACAGACACCCUGAUCGAUACGGAGACAGCAAAGAGAGGGAGAAACCACGUCAGGAGCACCCAGGUGCUGAUCCCAGACAGUCUCAGCGCCCAGCCCGUUCAUCCAGAGAGGAUGGCCGACAUCACCAGCAGCCUCGUGGUCAGGAGCCCAGCAGACACAACGAGCCCAACUGGUCAGGAGGGCCAGUCCCACAGCCCCAGCACAAAGACAGAGACCAAGAGCCACGUGAUUAUCAUGAUCAGGUGGUGAGGCGAGAGGGGGCCAAUUAUAAGAGGCCAAAAUCUAGCUACACUGGGAGGGACAGCAACCCACAAUCACCUCGUGAGAAGAGACCACUGUCUGGGCCAAAUAUCUGCACUCCUAACCUACCUGUUACAGAGGGAGUGAUAAAGACCGCACAGCAGACCAGCCGACCCUUCAACACGUACCCACGAUCCGAAAGUGACUCUGGGAGGAGCCCCAGCGGUCAGGAUUUAAAACCAGGAAAAUCUCAUGAACCUUCCCACCACAACGGUCCUUCUACCGGGGCAGUCCGGGGUGGAAACAGUGGCAGUAAAAGUGCUUCUCAGGGGCAGCACAGAGUAGAGCCCCAGCAUCACGCCUCCCACCCAGCCUUAGGCCCCGAGCCCCCUCACAGUCAGCAGAUGCCCCCAGCACCAAAACCGUCAGGCCAGGCUGCACCCCCACAGCAGACGCGCUCACCUCAUAGGGAGCCGCAGCGGGUCUCCCACGAGCAGUUCCGUGCUGCCCUGCAGAUGGUGGUUGACCCUGGGGACCCACGCACUUAUCUGGACAACUACAUCAAGAUCGGGGAAGGUUCCACCGGCAUUGUUUGUAUUGCUACAGUGAAGACCACAGGCAAGCUGGUGGCUGUGAAGAAGAUGGAUCUGCGAAAACAGCAGCGACGAGAAUUGCUGUUUAACGAGGUGGUGAUCAUGCGGGACUAUCACCAUGAGAACGUGGUGGAGAUGUACAACAGUUACUUAGUAGGCGAUGAACUCUGGGUUGUCAUGGAGUUUCUUGAGGGUGGAGCUUUGACUGACAUAGUCACACAUACCAGGAUGAAUGAGGAGCAGAUUGCCACCGUGUGUCUGUCUGUUCUGAAAGCUCUCUCGGUCCUUCACUCCCAGGGAGUCAUUCACAGAGACAUUAAGAGUGAUUCUAUUCUUCUCACCCAUGAUGGCAGGGUGAAGCUGUCAGACUUUGGCUUUUGUGCCCAGGUCUCAAAAGAUGUGCAGCGCAGGAAGUCUCUUGUAGGAACUCCCUAUUGGAUGGCCCCUGAGCUCAUCUCAAGACUCCCAUAUGGACCAGAGGUGGAUAUUUGGUCACUUGGAAUUAUGGUUAUUGAAAUGGUGGAUGGAGAGCCGCCGUACUUCAAUGAGCCUCCGCUCAAGGCCAUGAAGAUGAUCCGAGACAAUUUGCCACCCAAGCUCAAAAACCUCCACAAGGUCUCGCCACUUCUCAAGGGAUUCUUGGACAGGAUGCUCGUGCGAGAUCCUGCCCAGAGGGCCACAGCUCAAGAGCUGCUAAAGCAUCCCUUCCUGAGUAAAGCGGGCCCUCCCUCUUGCAUUGUUCCCCUCAUGAGACAAAACCGCAUGAGAUGAGAAGAGAAAUCGGGGCGGGAUCUGUCAGGCCCUCUGAGCUCAAAGCAAAGACCCAGAUGCAAAGAUGGAGUCCGUACUCUGCACAGUUUAAACAUCUGAAAUGAUUGUACAGGUCAAGACUUUUAGGAGAAAAGGCCAUUGAUGCUAUGGACAUUAAGAGGGUUUUUUUCCCAAACAUUUUUACCACUGUUUUUAUUCCACUAUAGAAUACACCAAAUUUGGUGACAUGAAAUAGACAUGAUUAGAUCCUUCACAGUGUUCUGCUAGAAGAGGUUCCCCUCUCUGGCUAAUUCAGAAACACGAGAACGUGUUCUCUAGGUGGUUUCAUGCUUGAUCUCUAAGACUUUUGGGUGAACAGAGUUAAGGAGGUCUAGACAUUAUGAAAAUGCAACAGUUUUAUGGAUUCGUACCAAAACUCAAGCUUUUUUCCCCUGCACUUCAUCUUUUGCACCAUGACCACACUACUCAUUAAUCCAUUUUUAACAGGAAAACAGCUACUGAAGAAAACCUUUUACUAAAAAAAAAAAAAAAAAAAAGGAAACUCUAGGCUCCUUUUACAACCCUAAGCAAUGAUAAACACUGGAGCUUCCCGACUUUUUUUUUUUUAUUUUGUUUUAAUGAAAGUAGAGAGUUAUAUUGGUUUUCAAAUUGUGUUUUGAGUGACAGUGUGAUGUUUUAAACUGUUCUGAGAUUGAGCUGCACUCCAAUAUCAGACUUCCUCCUUUGAUUCAUUGUUCCACUUUUUUAUAUAAUAAAGGGGGGAAGGGUUGGGUGUAGGGUUUUUUUUUUUUCUUCCAAAACUUUCACCACGGCGCCACGCCACAUUAGCUGAAGAGAUUGAGUUGUUUUCAAUGUAGGGCAGCCUGUCUUUUCAUGUGCGCCCAAAUCCUCCAGUUAAGUAGCUUAUAUCUUUGAAGUAUCGUGGCCUUUCUCUGAAGGAUUCAUUAUGGUUGGUUUUGUCGGAGAGAUGUUGAACUAUAUGAAUGUAUAGCUGAGCGUUACGUAUGCUCUACUUUAUGAGAGCUUGUUCAAAGGAAGUGGACCAUAUAGAUAUAGAUCGCGAUUAAUCCCACGCACUAAAAUAUAGGCUGUAGUACUCGUGUAAUUGGUCAUGUACAUUACGACGUUUUGUUGUAAGAGCACCAUGACGUUCGAGGAUUAAGAGAAGAGUAGUGGAACAACCAAAGACUGUUUGAAAUACUGAAGGUUUAUAAUACUAAUUAGUCGGAGUACACUAUAUCACGUUAAAGGAAUUGUUUACCCAGAUAGAAAAAUUCUGUCAUUUAUUCACCAUCAUUUCCUGUGUAGCGUCCUUUCUUCUUUAGUGUUGUUUUGGCCAUUUUUUUUAAAAUGGCAUUUUAUAUGUUUCACAGUAGAAAGAAAGUCAUAUAGGUUU